CUACCCUUUCGUGCGCUGCGUUAUUUUGUUGCAGAUACUGCAGAUUUUGCCCGAUUCCAGUGUUUUUUUUUGUCGUGGCAGCGCACCAGCCUGCGCUCUGCUCUACCCUGCGGCUCAGGCUGCAGCUCCUCAGCUGCCUCGCUCUGACGUAACCCCGAAAAGCCGGUGCGGGCGGGCGGGCGGGCCGGCGGUCGGGCGCGCGCUUCGCCCGCCGCCGCCGCCAGAUCGAAGCCUAAUUGGCGGGGCCUGGAGCCGGGCAGCGUCAGGCCCCUGGCAGGCAGCAGACGGCAUCGCGCCUCGCCUCAGACCAGAGCAAGGCAGGGGAGGGAAGGCAACAGCACAACGAGCAAGUUGCCGGUUUAAGCAGUGACUGGGCCCGCCCAGCGGGGGAGGGCGCCGAGUCCAAGGGCGCGCCUCGGGCCCCGUACUGAGGUAAUUGAAGGGCGGGCCGAACUAGGCCGGGUUAAGGCCGCAGUUAGGCCGCGGCCCUGUUCCUCGCUCCAGCCCCGACAGACUCGAUGUAAGGCCUGAAAUCUCAACGGACCAAAGGGAAGAAGCCCACCGAGAAAGGGAGGGAGAGACGGGGGAUAUUUUCGUCGUUCAGUCCCAGACUUUCGGCCGUAGAGAAGGAGGAGAACGGCAGCCCCGAGGGAGAAACUGGAACUGAUGAAAGCUAUAAAUCAUGGAUCAAAGAGGGGGAGGACUUGAGCUGCAUUCACAGGAAUCAAAAGUUUCUCAUGCAAUGAUUAUGCAGGACUUCGUGUCUGGAAUGGCUGGCGCAGCCCACAUUGAUGGAGAUCACAUUGUUGUAUCUGUGCCUGAUGCAGUGCUUGUCUCAGAUGUCACUGGGGAAGAGGUUACAUUAGAACAUGGUCUUACAACUAACAUCGAUGAAGUUGUUCAGGGCCCGGAUAUUAUAGCUGAAAGUGAUGAUGUGACGGAUGGUGUGAUGGUCUCGGACUCUGUCCUAGAAGCAAAUGUUACCAUUGAAGAAGACUUGAAUACCAAUUCAGUUCCUGACCAUGUUCUGGCUUCAGAUCUUAUAACAGAGACUGUUGAUGUUCCAGAUCAAGUACUAGUGUCAGAUCUUGUAUCAGUGCAGGAUGAGGAACAGUUCGAACAUGUAGUCCAGGAUUCUGUUACAGAUGUUCUCUCUCCUGCGAUGCUCACAGAAGAAGUUAUGGAAGUAGAGUCUGUGUCGGAGUCUGUGAUUCAAAACCAUGAUUUAGUAGUUCAAAAUGAAGAGACUGUUUCUGGCCCAACCAUGACUAUUGAAGCCCAAGUAGAUGGAAAAGAAACAUCUGAGGAUUUCUUAAUGAUAUCCUAUUCGAUGACAUGAUCUCAACAGUUUUUCACCAAAAAGACAUGCAAAAUGGAUGACGGAGAGAAGAUGGAUCGUAUGGAAAAUGCACCAAUAAAAAUAAGCACUGAUAUUGAACAAGAUGAUUCUUCUAAAGAAGACGGAUUUGGGGCUGAGGUCAUAAAAGUGUAUAUUUUUAAAGCGGAACCCGAAGAUGAUGUGGAAAUAGGAGAAACUGAAGUAGUUGCAGAAAAUGAAUAUCAGAAUGGUCAUGCCAUAACCAGUAUGCUCGAUCAAGGGAAUGUUGGCCGAAUGUCUCGGGAAAAGAUGGUUUAUAUGGCAGUUAAAGACCCAUCUCAGGAAGAUGACAUUAAUUGUGCUGAUAUUGCUGAUGAAGUUUAUAUGGAGGUCAUUGUUGGGGAUGAGGAAGCAGCAACAGUGCAUGAGACACAGAUUGAGGAUUCUGGCAUCAAUAAAGCCUUUGUACCUGUUGCAUGGGCUGCUGCGUAUGGUAACAACUUUGAAGCAAAGAUAGAGAAUAAGAAUGGCACAUCGAGUCAAUUCCUACAAAUAAGUGACAGCACAAGUACCACCAGAGCACUAAAGCAAAAAGCCAGGAAGAAGAGAAGGGGUGAAGGCAGACAAUGGCAUACAGCUGUCAUCAUAGGACCUGAUGGACAACCCAUAACUGUAUACCCCUGUCACAUCUGUGGAAAGAAGUUUAAAUCAAGGGGUUUCUUGAAAAGACAUAUGAAGAAUCAUCUGGAGCAAAGUGCAAAGAAGAAGUAUCAGUGUACAGACUGUGACUAUACAACAAAUAAAAAAGCAAGUUUUCACAAUCAUUUGGAGAGUCACAAGCUCAUCAACAAAGGAGAGAAAACAUACGAGUGCAGUGAGUAUGGGAAAAGAUUCACUCAGGCAGGGACACUGACCACUCACAAACUGGUUAACAGAGAAAAAGAAACUAAAAUGCAUAAAUGUAAAUUUUGUGAUUAUGAGACAGCUGAACAGGGUCUUCUCAAUCGGCACCUGUUGGCAGUGCAUAGCAAGAAUUUUCCACACAUUUGUGUGGAAUGUGGGAAAGGAUUCCGUCAUCCAUCAGAACUCAAGAAACACAUGCGAACUCAUACUGGGGAGAAACCAUAUCAUUGUCAGUACUGUGAGUAUAGGUCUGCUGAUGCUUCUAAUCUGAAAACCCAUGUGAAAACCAAGCACAGCAAUGAGCUGCCAUACAAAUGUGACCACUGCCCGCAAACAUUUUUGGAUGACAAAGAUCUGCAAAAGCAUGCCACUUUAUUUCAGGCACAUAGGACACAUCAAUGCACUCAUUGUGACCACAGGAGCUCCAAUUCUAGUGACCUUAAACGUCAUAUAAUAUCUGUGCACACCAAGGAAUUCCCACACAAAUGUGAGGUGUGUGAUAAGGGAUUUCAUCGUCCAUCGGAGUUGAAGAAACAUAUGUCAACUCACAAGGGUAAAAAGCUUCAUCAGUGCAGGCACUGUGAUUUCAAAAUUGCAGAUCCUUUUAUACUCAGUCGCCAUAUUCUUUCAGUUCACACUAAGGAUCUUCCUUUUAAAUGCAAAAGAUGUAAGAGAGAGUUUCGACAGCAAAGUGAACUUAAGAAGCACAUGAAGACACAUAGUGGGAAGAAAGUUUACCAGUGUGAAUAUUGCGAGUAUAGCACUACUGAUGCUUCGGGCUUCAAGCGCCAUGUAAUUUCUAUUCACACAAAGGACUAUCCUCACCGUUGUGAGUUUUGUAAGAAAGGUUUUCGUAGGCCUUCUGAAAAGAACCAGCAUAUAAUGCGGCAUCAUAAAGAGGCUAUAAUGUGAUGUACAGGCGUAAAAAUAUUUUACACAAACUUAAUUAACUGAGUUAAUUGGCAUGGCUCGUGAACUGUUUCUCCUGGACUCGACUUGAGUGUUGUUUCUCGAUCUACCUUUCAUCCUUUGUAUUAUAAGUUGUCAAAAGGUAUGAGAAUUGGGAGGCGGAGUCAAUUGUACAAAUGUUUUGGUUUCUUUACAGAAACUAGGAAGUAGUGUUCUGGGAUUGCCAUAAUUGUGAAGCCAUUAAGUGAGUUCAUUGUCUUUUUUUUAAAACAAUUUUGGGUGUCUUGAGUUUGUCUCACAUGCAGCUGCAAAAUAUUCUAUUCCACAGCAAUGCUAUAAAACUCACAAUUAGACCUUUUAAAUUUGUUUCCAUUUUACAGUUAAUCCUGGUAAAUUAUCUGAUUACUGGAAUUGAUGUUUAAAAACAUCUUUUAAACUUUUUUUUAAUCAAAAAUAAAUCCCAAUGAAUAGUUAUUUGUGAUAAAUAGUCAACAAGUACAGACCACGUUCCAAAAUGCUUGUAAAAAGACUGGUUCAGUGGAUUUGGGAUUUAUUUUACUUUAUUCCUUAUAGGUGCUGCAGUUGAGACAGAUUUGCUAUUUUACUAUCAAUGCAAGAAUGGGUCUACGCAGCCAGUGUAGAUUAAUUUCGUACUCUUAAGAGUUGGACUGCUUUUUACUAUAGGGCAUGUAUGAUAUUUUUAUGCAUCCCUUUGCAAAUACUCAUGAUCCGUAAAUAAUAUAACAUGGGAGUACUUCAGGAGCCAAACAAUUUGGUUCAGGGCUAUUUAAUGGAUACAGAUCUUGUUUUGACAUUGUUAUCCAUAUAAUGUAUAGGAAGUGGUAUGAUGGAUAUAGUUUUUUUUUUAGCUGGUUACUGCUCACACAUUAAAUGGUUGUUCACUUUGUGAAUUUUUAACUUUGUUCAUUGUAUUGUGGUAGUUUUGUGUUUCUUCAAAUGUUGUCAAUUUUCGUUUUGCACCAGAUGAGAAUCAGUUGCUCGAGAAUUCAAAAUGUUCUAUUUUCAAAAUUCAGAAUGUUAAUUUAGCAAUGCCUCUUAGAUUUAAGAAAACACGUGUGUUUUAAUGUGGCUGCAAAGGUUGUACACUCUGUAAAAUAAGAAAUCUUUUGUCACUGUUCUGUGGGAUUACUAUUUCUAAAUGUUCUUAAUGUGAUGAGUAUAUCAAUAAAACUACAUCCGUUGCACUGAAAGUUAGCUUUUGGUCAAUUCCCCUUGCCCAAUCACAUUGCAGUUUUACAGAUAAUUAAUUACUGUUGGUUGCAUGCACUCUUAUGUCCACAAAUUAUGAACUAAGAUUUAUGAUUUAGUCUUUGAAGCUUGCUUGAGGAUGAAGUCAUGAGUAUUUAAUUUCUGGUAAAUAACUGUGUUUUACUGUUUUGCUUCUGUAAAGUGACAAUACAGAUUGUGGUAAUAAAACAAUUAAAUUGCUAUGAAA